AUGGGGAAGAAGAAGAAGCUGAGGCUGCAAAACCAAGGCUCCCAUGUUAUAUUGGACAAUGGAUUGUUGAUGGUGACCAUAUCCAACCCCCAAGGUUAUGUUAGUGGCAUCAAGUAUGGAAACAUGGACAAUCUGCUAGAUGUCAAAUCCAGCGAAUCUAAAAGAGGAUAUUGGGAUAUCAACUGGAGUUGGCCUGGAGGCAAGGACAGAUACCAAUUGCUUAAGGGAUCUGAGUUUAAUGUCAUCAACGCAACUGACGACACGAUCGAGAUAUCGUUCAGGAAAGCUUCUAAGUUGUCCUCUAGGUACAUAAUGAGGACUGGUAUGCCAGGCUUCUACUGCUAUGCAAUCUACGAGCACCCAUCGGCAUGUCGGGCUUUCGAUCUUGUUCAGACAAGAAUGGUGUUUAAACUACGACAAGAAAAGUUCCACUACAUGGCAAUUUCAGAUGAGAAGCAAAGAAUAAUGCCAAUGCCGGAAGAUUUGCAUCCAGGCAGAGGUGAAGAACUAAUUGUACCAGAGUCAGUUCUGCUUGUAAAUCCCAUUAAUCCUGAUCUGAAAGGAGAGGUAGAUGAUAAGUAUCAAUACUCAGUGGAUAACAAAGAUGGUGGAGUUCAUGGAUGGAUUAGUUCCAGCCCAAACAACAUAGGUUUCUGGGUAGUUUUUCCAAGCCAUGAGUUCCGAAAUGGCGGUCCAACGAAGCAAAAUCUCACAGUUCAUACCGGUCCUACAUGUCUUGCUAUGUUUCAUGGAACACAUUACAUUGGAGAAGAUAUACUUACGCAUAUUAAGGAAGGAGAGGCAUGGAGGAAGGUGUUUGGUCCUGUUCUUGUAUACCUUAACUCCACCUCAGAUGUAUCAGAGGCACACAAUUUAUGGAUAGAUGCAAAAGAACAGGAAAAUGAACGUGGUUCCAUUUCAGGAAGACUGUUAGUCCAAGACAGGUUUAUUUCAAGUUCCCCCAUCCCUGCAAGAGAUGCACAUGUUGGUUUAUCUGCUGCUAGAGAAGAAGGUGGCUGGCAAAUAGAGAGCAAGGAAUAUCAAUUUUGGGUACAAACAGAUUCCAAUGGAGAUUUCACUAUCAGAAACGUUAUUCCAGGAGUCUAUGGACUUCACGGUUGGGUUCCUGGAUUCAUUGGUGAUUAUCUUCACCAAUCACUAGUAACAGUAUCUGCAGGAUCUCAUACCCAUCUUGGCAUUCUGACCUAUAGUCCCCUCAGAGAUGGUCCUACUGUUUGGGAGAUUGGUUUUCCUGACCGAACAGCUGGUAGCUUCUAUGUUCCUGAUGUGAAUCCGAUGUUCAGGCAAUAUGGUUUAUGGGAGGGAUACAGUGAUUUACAUCCAAUAAAUGACCAAGUUUUCACUGUGGGUAUCAAUGAUCCGAAGAAAGAUUGGUUCUAUGCUCAAGUUUGCAGAAGAGGGGAAGAUGGUAAGUUUGUUGCGACAACAUGGAGUAUUAAGUUCAACAUGACAUCAUUAACCGAAGGAACUUACAGGCUGAGGUUGGCGAUUGCAUCCGCCACACGCUCGGACUUAAAGAUCAAUGUCAACUCAAUGGGGUCGGAGUCGUCACUGGUUUUCCAGCUGAUGAAUCUGGGAAUGGAUAACACAGUUUGCCGACAUGGAAAUCAUGGACUGUAUCGAAACUAUAGUGUUGAGGUUCCAUCAUCAAUGCUUAUUAAGGGAGAUAACAACAUAUUUCUGACGCAGGCAAGAGGUGGAGAUGAACUCUGUGGGCUUUUAUACGAUUAUUUAAGACUGGAAGCACCUGAUGAUACUCCAUCAAGUUGA